AUGAGUUUUGCCAACGGGACUCUUCCUCCACAGCUUCUCUUCGAGACCCUGUACACAAUUUACGAAAUUUUGUUCCGAUACGUAACGGACGAUGAGUCAGAUGCGUUGGCACGAGAGCUUACUUCAACAUAUGAGCUGAAUGAUUCGUCUGACGCUGCCUUUGAUCCAAAUCUCAUUGUAUGGGACGGCUUGUUUCGCACCCCGCCUUCCUUUAAGCUUGUAUACUGGACGAAGAGGUUGAGGAAUCUACAAGCAGCCGUGGAUCACCCUCCGCCAUCGAAUGAUCUCGUGUCAUGGGUCGAAAGACACACAUCGGAGAGAACUGCACUUACGGUGGCUCUCAUAGGUCUUUUUCUUACGGCGGCGUUUGGGCUGCUCAGCGUUCUGAUAGGCAUUGCUCAGCUUGUGGUUUCUCUAGAACAAAACAAGCUUGGUUCAUAG